UAAAACUAUUUUCAGCAGGCGCAAGUUCAGUCGAUAUUUCAGGCAAUUUUGCUGUGCAGCAGACCCGUGCAUCGACCAGCGGAAUAAUUCUUGUGAUACUUUUUUGAGCCUUAUCUUUGUGGUGCGACAAAACUGUGAUACCCUAUACCGCAAAAGAAAUUUUUGUCAAUUUAGCGUGUUUUCGUCAGAUAAAAGUCGAUCUUUUUGCAUUCCAAGUUUUAGCCACGAGGAACAAAAUAGUGAUACAGUUUCAUCAUACGAUGCUCCAAGUGUUGGACACCUGCAGUGCCUGAAACGUCCAAAACAAACCUCUACAAGAGGAUUGGUAUCCCAUUUUUACUGUCCCCUUUGAACGGUAAUUGAUGAGAGGUCACGGGACUAAACGAAUUCUAUCGUCCAUACCAAACACCCAGUUAGGUCGGGAUCCGAAAAUUAAUCUCCAAGGCUGGUCCAAGCGGUGGAUGAGUUUUUCACAUAAAAAUUUUAAUAGUAUUAUUCCAAUCAAUUGAAAUCUUUCAUUGGUUUAAUUUGAUUUGAUUUUUUCCCCAUUUGUGUGCAUCAUGGAUACCCAAAAACAGGCUCCUUUAGUUUCAUUGUCAACUGUAGUCCCUUCUUUAGAUUCAACGCCAGCCAAAACUCCCAAUAGCUAUAUCAUUGCUCCCGCUCCUACAGAUGAUAAAAUAAGUGAAGUUCGCUUCAAAACUGAUUCUAUAUGCUCUUCCGCAUCUUCUUCAAGCUCGGAAGAAGAAGAUGAAACAAAACCCAAUAUCCCUGACGGAGGUUGGGGUUGGGUAGUAGUAUUUGCCUCGUUGUGUCUUUCUAUGGUAGCCGAUGGUGUUAGUUUAUCGUUUGGUUUACUUUAUAUUGAAUUCCUGAAAGAAUUUGAAGCCUCCAAAAGUACCACCUCUUGGAUUGGUAGUCUUUUUAUGGCAGUACCUUUACUGACUGGUCCCAUUAUGAGUGCUUUAGUUGAUAAAUACGGAUGCAGGUUGAUGACAAUAGUAGGAGGAAUUAUUUCAGCUAUAGGUUUCAUUAUUAGUUCAAAAUGCAACUCCAUUGGAGUAAUGUACUUAACGUUUGGUAUAUUGGCUGGUUUAGGUUUGGGCCUGUGCUACGUCACAGCAGUAGUUUCAAUAGCUUUUUGGUUUGACAAAAAAAGAACCUUGGCUGUAGGCAUUGGAGCUUCAGGAACAGGAGUUGGUACUUUUAUAUUUUCUCCGUUGACCAAUUUCUUGUUAUACGAAUUUGGAUGGAGAGGCACUACGUUGAUAUUGUCAGGAUGUUUUUUGAAUAUGUGCGUUUGUGGAGCUUUAAUGAGGGAUCCUGAUUGGAUAAUUGAGCAAAACAGACAAAAUUCCAAAUCAAAAUUAACAAAAUCAGAAAAAUCCAGCAAGACAAGUUUAGUAUCAGUAUCAUCAGCCAAUCCUUCCACAGCCAUUGAUAUAGCCGAGCUUAAAUCAUUAUUAACGAGUGGCAAAAAUGCCGAAUUCCUAUUAGAAGACUUGGAAACGUCCGUCGAAAAUGAUGAGGACAAAGAAAAAAUUAAAAAAUAUUUCUCAUCUACUUUAAACUUGCCAACAUUUGUGAAGCAAAACGAAAGGGUGCCAUUUGAAGUGCUGGAACUAUUGAGCAGAAACAAGAAGCUGUACCAUGUGAUUAUCCAAAACUAUCCUAGUUUACUUUUGAGCAGAAGCUCAUCCAUUGAUAAUGCCUUAAAUAGAGUAAAGAAUGAACCCAUUGAUAGGGUACCAGUAACUUUUAGUAUGAAAUUGAAAAAAGAAGAUAAACCUAAAGUAACAAUAAUUGAAGAGAAUAAACGUGUCAGAACAAGAUCACCACUCACUCAACAAGUCUCACUUCCAGAAAGUCACGAUAUACCAUCAAUGGAACCACUGAUUGGUACCAAACAACCAAAAAUGCGUCAAAACGCCUCUUUUCCCAAAUUCAGACAACAAUUUGGCAAUACAAUUCGGCACGAUAGCUAUUUUAAAAAUUUAAAAGUCCACAGACAAUCGUUGAUACAUAGAGGCGCUAUUUUCAAUACGAACAAGUAUAGAUUCAAGGCAUCUAGUUGCCCUAAUAUAUUUAGGGUGUCGAUGAUGUCGUUGCCCAAACAAAGGGAAGAGAAAUGGUACACCGAAAUAGUUGAUUUGGUGAAGGGCAUGUUCGACUAUUCGUUAUUUUUAGAGCUGCAUUUUUUCUUGCUGUCACUGUCGACCAUAAUCCUUUUUGUUUGGUUUAUAGUGCCUUAUUUUUACCUUGCCGAUUUGAUGACGUUGCAACAGUACUCGUCCGAUGACGCUUCGUUUACUUUAUCGAAUAUUGGUAUAGCUAGUACCAUUGGAAUGGUAUUCUUAGGAUGGGCUGGAGACAGGCCUUGGAUGAACAUUACCAAGACUUAUUCAGUUUGUCUUAUUAUCAGUGGUUUGUCAAUUGGUGGUAUGAUGUAUUUCAUUGACAAUUAUAUAAUGCUGGAAAUAUGUGCUGCACUGUUUGGCAUAUUUGUGUCCAGCUCGUUUUCGUUUACACCUGGAAUUCUGGUGGAAUUAGUACCAUUGGAAAGAUUUACUGUGUCUUAUGGGCUUCAAUUAUUGUGUAUGGGAAUUGGUUUACUUGCUGGACCACCAUUUGCUGCAUUAUUAUACGACAUUACUGGAAAUUGGAAACAAUCCUUCUAUCAAGCAGCUGUCUGGGUGAUCCUUUCUGGUCUGUUUGUGGGUUUGAUUCCGUAUACGAAAAACAAAAAGAUGAUUGGCAAAGGGCCUGUAGAAAAAGAAGUGGAAGAUUCGGAAAACAGAGUGAUACCUAUAGUAUUGUUAGUUACUUUUAGUGUAAUAUUAACUAUUUUCGUGUUGUAUUUGACUGGCGUAAGUCUGGUGCAAACAGAGUCUGAUUUGUUGGCCUAAUUGCACUCAAACUUAACUAUAUUCAUAUGCCUUGUGGUCACUUCACUUCUAUUAAAAAGGCUGUAUUAAUAUUUUUUAGGAUAAUUUAUUAACUAAAUUAGGAAAUAGGUUUUCUUCGGAAUGAAUUUUACCCGAAUUCUUUGUUAAAUUAAGUGAUUUACUAUUUAUCAACAUAUUAUUUUCUCAGGUAUGUUACAUAAACAAAAUAUUUAGCUUAAAUAUUAGGCACAACGACAGUAUGUUAUGUAUGUUUAUUAUGUAGCUAGAUUUGAUUAUUGCAAUAAAACAUAAUUUUCAAAAAGUAAAAAUAAUGUUUCUUUUGUAAUGGGAUGUAAAUUAUCAAGAUAACAUAAGUAAUAAUGCAAUUAGCAAUGAUCCCAUCCAUACCACUAGACACAUAAGUUCUAAUUCUUACAAGAUUGUUAUGUUAUCUAUCCAAACUACAAUUAAAACACCAGAUUUAAGCGUAUAUUUCAACAUGUUAUACCAUAUUCAUAUUAGACAUGUUAUAGAAUUAUUGAAAGUGUAUGGUAUUGAAAGAUAAAUUAUUUUUUGUGAAUAUACAAAUCGUCGUUAAGCAAACGAGGAGAAGCUGACCAAUAAUGCCUGCCAUAUUUCUUCACGUUACACAUAAGCUUCAAAGACAAAAAGUAAAUAACUUCGACGAUGGACAAAAACGAAAAUCCAGUGAACAACCCUAAAAUGCCUCCGCAAUUGGCGAGAAAAUCUACUUGACCAUACAACUCGUUCCUUUCGGACGUAAUGAACUGUUGCUCCUUAAAAAAAAUAUUAAUCCGAGUCAUCAUAACGCCUGGAAAUUCGCUCAUGUUUGCUUUGUAGGCUUGGAAGAGAUUCUGCCACAUGAAAUCGGCUUGAGAAGUUUCGGCAUUGUAAACUAAUGAAGUGCAUCCAGGCAGACAAUCACAAUCUGAGGAAUUUAUGGUUUCUCCUGAUUCAUCACGCUUCAGACCUGUUUGGACUGUUCUACGUAGCAACU